AUGGGCGUGUCAGGGCUUCUGCCUCUGCUCAAGUCCAUACAACGGCCCACUGAGCUUAAAAAGUGUAGCGGCGAUAUUCUAGCUGUCGACGCAUAUGUGAACGCGGCCAUGCACCGUGUCCGGAUGCUUAAGCAUUUUGGAGUGACACCCUACAUGGUGUUUGAUGGUGACUAUCUUCCUAGCAAAGCUGCCACCGAAGAUUCACGCAACAAAAAGCGGGAAGAAAAGAAGAAGCUCGCAAACGAACUCAUCAAAGCUGGUAAAAGUUCACAGGCUGCCCAAGAGUUUCAAAAAUGCAUAGACGUCACUCCGGAGAUGGCAUCAACUCUCAUUCAGCGGCUGAAACAAAUGGGUAUCCCUUACGUAGUCGCCCCCUACGAGGCAGACGCGCAGCUCGUAUAUCUGGAACGGCAAGGCCUGGUGAACGGUAUUCUCUCUGACGACUCAGAUUUGCUUGUGUUUGGUGCGAAACGCCUCUUGACAAAGCUGGAUCAAUAUGGCAACUGCAUUGAGAUCAACCGCCGGGAUUUCGGUGCCUGUCGUGAGGUGUCACUCACUGGUUUGUCUGAUGCCGACUUCAGACGAAUGGCCAUCAUGAGUGGUUGUGACUAUCUCAAGGGCCUGCCAGGCGUUGGCCUGAAAACCGCCUACCGUAUGCUGCGAAAGUCAAAAACACCAGAAAGAGCUGUGCGGAUGUUGCAAUUCGAAGGCAAGCAAGUCUCUGAGAACUACUUGACCCAACUUUACCAAGCCGAGUUAACCUUCCUGCAUCAAUGGGUGUUCUGCCCUGAGAAGAAGGAAUUGGUUCAUCUUACACCACUAGAUGGUACUCGAACCGCCGAGGAAAUGCCCUUUAUUGGUGCCCAUGUGGAACCAGAACUCGCGCAGGCCAUUGCCAAAGGUGAUGUCAACCCUAUCACCAAGGCACCCAUCGUCAUCGUGACCACGCCUUCUAAGAGGAGACAUUCUCAAACGACAACUCAAACACACCCCCGGCCGAAGCCAAUCACGUCUUAUUUCAAAGGACAUAGUCGUGUGCCCAUGGGAGAAAUGGAUCCCAACUGCUUCUCUGUCGACCCUCAACGAGUUGCGCAAAUUACCGAAGGAGGGUUGGUCCCACGGGUAUUUCCCUUACCACGCCCAUAUGUCGAUAACCAAAACGAGGCAACUAGAUCCGCCACAUCACCAGCAAGGAGAACGAGCUCGGCUCCAACUCGGACUUCUCCUCGACUCCAACGACGACGAACAGAGCCCAUUUCGAAUAUGCUUGCUCGGGUCGCAAGUAGCCCUGCGUCCACAACGUCAAGGGCUGGUAAUUCUGCUGCUCUCCCGUUGACCACACCAAAAUCAGAGACGCAGAUUAGACCAUCCAAGAAGGCGCGCUUGUGUGAUGACCUGGAUGAUGUUGACGGGUCACCGAAGAAAAGCAAAUUCUUUCCUCUUCCAAAAGCCAGGAGGAGUCCAGCCAGAGCCAAGAGCGAUGCAUAUUUAUUUUCAGAUGACUCCAUAGAGGAGACGCUGCGCGACUUGCCUGACUUUGAAGGAUGGAAACCUUCCAACAAGCGCGAAAAGUCAAUUGUCAUCUUUAAUGAUGAUUCCCAGAUCUCCCGUCAAAGCGACAGUCAAGCCUCGCUGGAAGACAGCCAAAACAUCAGCCAGGGAACUGACCUCACAGUUCCGUCUCAAGCACAGGACAACGCGGAAGAUCCUGUCGCUGCCAUGAUGCCUCCACCCAAGACUAUCAAGCAAAAGACGCAGCCGCUUACAACUCCGUCCCGGCCGAACCUCAGCCGUUUCUCGUAUGCAUCCGGCUCGUCAGCUACACCUGCAUCAUCCAUGUCAUACCAAUCAUCAGUCUUCAGCAUGGCGUCUACCCCUUCUACCGCUCCAUCAACUGCCGCAUCUCGGCUGACGCCGCUGCAAAGACUCGGUGCCUGCGCCACCAAUCCAAUGGCAUCCCCUAAGCCUACGAAACCAAGGGCCAAUAACAGGGCAAAGGACAACAUCAAGGAUUUACCUGUUAAUCCAUCAUUUGUUCCUCUGCCCAAGGUCGACGUCACGGAAGUUGAGGCUUUGAACAGACCCUGUGGAAGUGAAGAUCAAAUCAUCCCCGAUAGCGACGGGGAGAAUGAAGAUGAAAUUGAGCUGCCCCCGAGAAAGUUGAAUUUGUCUCGUUUUGCAUUCUCCUGA